CCCCCGCUCGACUCAGGCCAGGCGCCAACCCGGCGGCAUCGGAGGGAGGCAGAGCAUAGACGAGAGGCCUCGCAGGCGCCUAGAGCGACCACAGAACUACGGGCCGGAAGUCGGCUGCCAUUCCGACCGGAUGUUGAGGGAAGGCAGAGGAGCCCGGCGGCCGCGAUGAAGCCGGCGGUGGAUGAGAUGUUUCCUGAGGGCGCGGGCCCUUACGUGGACCUCGACGAGGCUGGAGGAAGCACAGGUCUAUUGAUGGACUUAGCAGCUAAUGAAAAGGCAGUACAUGCAGACUUCUUUAACAGUUUUGAAGAUAUGUUUGAUGACGACGAUAUCCAGUGAAAAUCCCCUUCCAGCAGUGCAGUGCCAAAUACUUAAGCUUCUUGUAGGGUUGACUAUGUUCAAAACAAAAAGAAACUGUGAAUAUUGUGUCCAAGAUGUGAAAGAACGUUACAACGUGGCUAAAGAUGAAGGGGCGAACUAUGGAGCUGUUUUCAACUAGAAAAUGCGUGCAGUUUUGCAAGCUUGCUUAAAUAAAGUCUAUAUAGCAUC